AUGAACGGUGCAUUGUGAAUUUUGUGAAGCAAACGCAAACCGUGCGACAUUUUGUUGUUUUUUUUUUCAUUGUUGCAAUUCUACAUUGUAUAAUACGCGUGAAUCGAAUCGAAGCGCUUGUGGCGUAUACGUGAUGCGUAUUUUUGCACGAUGAAAUUAUAAAAACGAGAUUUGGAAUAAGUAUACGUGGGCAGUUAGCUUGUUUGCGUUUUCAGUGAUGUAUCACUGUAGGGACGCGUAGUAAGUACUGAAAGUGUUACGGGUAGCGGAUAGUAGGGCGGAGGUGUAUUUUCGGAGGAGAUUUGGCGCGUCUACGUUUAGGAUGGCGAUGGCAGAACAGUUCUCGUUGCGGUGGAACGACUUCCAUUCGAACUUGUCUCAGUCUUUUCACGCUUUGCUGGAAGGCGAGGACCUGGUGGACGUGACGCUUGCGGCGGGUGGCCAGUAUGUCCAUGCACACAAGCUUAUCCUCUCGGUCUGCAGCCCUUAUUUUAAGGAACUAUUCAAGAUGAAUCCAUGUGAGCAUCCAAUAGUAAUUCUCAAAGAUGUGGAGCUGCAAGAGCUACGUCAGCUCCUUCAGUUCAUGUACCGAGGUGAGGUGCAUGUACGUCAGCAAGAGUUAUCCGGGUUCUUACACACAGCAGAGUUGCUUCAAGUUAAAGGCUUAACUGGUGGUAGGGAGAAGAGUGAGUCGCCACCUCCGGUGACAGAAGAGAAGCAAGUAACAAAACCAAGUAUCUCGGAACCAUCACCGGAGAGUCAACAGGAAUGGGUGCCGGGCGGCGAGGACACCAUCGCUACUGAGACUCUGGCUGAAACCUCUGACAGUGCAUCAGUCAAAGAGGAAACCGUCAGAAGUCCUUUGAAAAGAUUAUUAAAAAAUACGCCGAAUAAAAACGCCAGCGUCAAGAAAAAACCUAGACCGGUCAACGACAGCCCCACACACCCCGAAAACACCGACUAUGCCUACGACAGUGAACCUCUCAUCGACUUCGACAACGACUUGUUUCACAGCGUGCUCGUCCUGCCCGAAACCAAGGAAGCCGGCUGGAAUUGCAAGACGGGCGGCGUGAAGUGCCCGAACUGCCACCGGUUCUUCGCGAACCGCUAUAACCUGAAGGUGCACAUCCGGGACAAGCACGACACGCGCGAGGGCACGCUGCAGUGCGACAUCUGCCAGAAGCGGAUGCGCAAUCCGUCGUGUCUGCGCGUGCACAAGUACCACCACCGCAAGCAGGCCGCCUACCUCGCUCAGCUGACGACGCAGGGUGAUCAAAUGAAGCAAGUCGUUCAAAACAUGGUUGGAGCUAAGUGGCGUGCUGAUCCAGGUCUUGGGGUCGAUUUCAGGGAAUACGAGAACUCGCAGAGCUCUAUGGGUAACAAAUGGCGCAGUGAAACAGCGCUCUCUACUGAUUACAAGGAGUAUGAGAGUAGUCCACGGGCUACAACUCCUGGUCCGAACACGCCCGCAAGCCAAACGCCGGAUAAUAAGUAUCAAGCUACAACGCCUGAACGAUCUUCCAAAUCCGAGAACGAAGACACGGUAUGAAGGGUUGCUUCUUGACCAUUAAAAAAAGAACAAAAACGUAUAGGGCAUGUAAAAUAUAUAACUUGAGUAAACAGUGAUUAAUGUCAGAUGAAAUGAUGAAAAAAAAAACACUUGAGAUCUGAAUGUUUUGUCAGUAAAAUUACUCAUAGUUAAAUAUUUUGCAUUUUCAUUUUUAACACAACGAGAUAAACUGAGUAUAUUAUGUAUAUACGUGAGGGUCAUUAAACGUUGAUCUUAAAAUUUAAUGACAAUAGACUAUUUGAUGAUAAUACUGAGGAAUUUAUUGCUAGAGAGUAUCUUUAAUAGAAAAGAUAACUGUCAACAUGAAUUAUAACCGUUUCAGGACUAUUGUGUGACGUCACAGUAUACUAAAUAUAACUGCUCACAACUAAAUUAAAUAAAUAAAGAAUAUAAUAGAAAUUCCAAUCUUGAGUCGUGUUAAUUAUAAUAAAUUUAACUAGUGAAUCCUGACCAGUCUUCCACGAUACGUAAUUAGGACGAUCAUUUCCUAAAGUAGCCACGUUAAUUUAAAAGCAAAUAAAAACACUCUUAAUUAUGUUUACAGUGUGGACUGUGUUAAGUUGAGACUCAAUUCUGAAAAGUAUUUUAAUCAACGCAUAGUACAGAGACAGUCUCGCUUUUAGUAGUAGUCUCGCUAGUAUGUUUACAGUUUUAUUUUUAUAUUUCCAUAAAUUUUUGAGCAAGUAAUAAAUAGUAAUAAAAAAACUUACAAUGCUUAUUUGUGUUAAAUGUCACUAGGCACGAGUUGUUUGAUUAAUUGGUUUGCAUUUUCGUACCAAAAAGUAUGUGCACGAUUAUAUA